GCACAGAUUACGUUGCAAACUAGGGUGGAGCUUUCAGAUUUGAUCAGUAAAAAAGGUGUAGUUUACACAAACCCAUAUCGUAUCUGGACUCCCGACCGCUUCUAUCCGCACUGUCCGGUUUGUGUUUGUCGAUAAUGUUUCGCUGUGGACUUGCGUAUCCAAGAUGCAGGUGGAUCGUACCACUUCUUUUGCUUUUUGCGAUUAUAUUUGACAUUAUUGCAAUUGCUGCUAACUCGGGAUGGGUUGAGAACAAGGACGCAAAGUCCCACUACGCAAGUAUGUGGAGUCAAUGCCGAGGCCUGCAUGACAACUGGGAAUGCAAAUCUCUCAUGGAAUUCUCUUGGGCCCAGGCUGUGGCAGCUCUUAUGAUCAUCGGCCUCAUCAUCCUCAUCAUCGCCUUCAUCAUCUCCUGUAUCGCUCUCUGCUGCACCCUCAACAUCAGCCUUCUGCCCGUCAUCGGGGUCCUGCUCUUCAUCACUGUGAUCAUUCAGUUCAUCGCCCUCAUCAUCUACCCAGUCAGGUUCAAUGACCUGAUCUUCGAGGGCCACUACGACUACACCUGGGCCUACGGCUUCGGCUGGGGGGCCACCAUCCUUAGCAUCGGCUGUGGGAUCCUCUUCUGCUGCCUGCCUCGCUACGAAGACGAGCUCACGGGCCUUGCCAAGACCAAAUACAUCUAUACCUCAGCUUAGAGGAACCACGGACACCCCCAGGCUUCAUCUCAAUAGUCUGAAGUGACUUCCCUUCUCCUUAUCUCCUUCCCUCCUCAUCUCCUUCUCAUCUCCUCAUCUCC